CACUCGAGGCGCCGACGCCAGGGCUGCCAGGGCCGCCGCCGCCGCCGCCCCAACCCCCAGCUGCAGUCGCUUAGCGAGCCUAGCGCCCCCCUCGCCGAGCCGAGGCUACUUGAAUUAAAGUUUGGAGAUCUGGGCACGUAGCUCAUGCUGACAGUAAGCCAUGGCAGCCGACGACAAAGUAGCCAUUUUAACCGACGACGAAGAGGAGCAAAAGAGGAAGUAUGUGCUCGCUGACCCUUUCAACGGGAUUUCGAAGGAGCCAGACCCCCAAACCCGAAGCGAUACACCUUCGACAGAGACCACCACCACCAUUCCGGACGAGGAGCUGGAUUGGCUCGAAAAGCACUGUGUCAAAGUGAACAACGAUCUCCUGAUCUCCAAAGUCUUUUAUUUUUUCUUUUACGCUGCUUACGGUUCGCUCUACCCGCUGCUUCCAGUGUAUUACAAGCAACUGGGCAUGACGCCCAGCCAGAGCGGGCUGCUGGUGGGUAUCAGGUACUUCAUUGAGUUCUGCAGCGCUCCGUUCUGGGGCGUGGUGGCGGACCGCUUCAAAAAAGGGAAAGUCGUCCUCCUCUUCUCCCUCCUAUGCUGGGUGCUGUUCAAUUUGGGAAUCGGGUUCGUCAAACCGGCUACCUUGAGGUGCGUACCAAAGUUCCCGCCGCCAGUCUCUCCCACCAACGCCAGCCACCUCUCGACGGCAACCACGCAAAACGUCUCCCUCCCUUCGGCGAUUCCUACCGCCCGGGCCGCGUCGCCGGAGGGCCGGAGGAAAAGAGACGUUUCUCCUUAUAGCUUGGCGGCGGUGAGCUCAACUCCUCCUGAAACCACAUUCCCUCUGACCACACGGAACGCGUUGAGGGCCGAAGAGAGCGUGGUUACUCCCAGUACUCCGAAAGGCAUCGUUACUGCCGGGUCGUUGGGGAAUUUGACCCGUCCGACGGUGCCUCCCGCUGCCACCACCGGGGCUGCCACUCUCGUCUACGACCACCAGGAAGUGGAGGCCAUCUUCCUGCUCAUCCUGAUGGUUGUUAUCAUAGGGGAGUUUUUCAGCGCCUCGUCGGUCACGAUUGUGGACACGGUGACCCUGCAGUACCUUGGCAAGCACCGAGAUCGCUACGGGCUCCAGCGCAUGUGGGGCUCUCUGGGCUGGGGCCUGGCCAUGCUCUCUGUAGGGAUCGGCAUCGACGCCACCCGCAUCGAUGUGCUCAUCGAAGGGCAAGGCUGCAAAGCCCCGGAGUACAAGAACUACAGGAUUGUUUUCAUCGUCUUUGGCGUGCUGAUGACGCUCUCCUUGAUCGUGGCCACCCAGUUCCGGUUCCACUACAACCACUACAAGCAAGAGGACAACCAAAGCAAAGAAGGGGACGUCUCCCAGGCGGACAGGAACUCCUCCCACGACUCCUCCAACGAGACCCCGAGUGACACGAGCCAGUCGCCCUCCUUUAGUUUCUGGGACUUGAUAAAGCUGCUCUGCAGUAUCCAAUAUGGCUCCGUGCUCUUUGUGGCUUGGUUCAUGGGCUUUGGGUACGGAUUUGUCUUCACCUUCCUUUACUGGCACUUGGAGGACCUGAACGGCACCACCACUCUCUUCGGGGUCUGCUCCGUCCUGAGUCACGUGUCCGAACUGACCGCGUAUUUCUUCAGCCACAAGUUGAUCGAGCUAAUUGGACACAUCAGAGUCCUGUAUAUCGGCCUUGCUUGUAACACGGCUCGUUAUAUUUACAUCUCCUACCUGGAAAAUGCUUGGACGGUUUUGCCUAUGGAAGUUCUUCAAGGUGUGACCCAUGCAGCCAUCUGGGCAGCUUGCAUUUCCUACCUAAGUGCUGCUGUUCCUCCCGAAUUAAGAACUUCUGCUCAGGGUAUACUGCAGGGCCUCCACCUUGGCCUGGGCAGAGGCUGCGGAGCAAUGGUUGGAGGAGUGCUGGUCAACUAUUUCGGAGCUGCUUCGACAUUCAGAGGGAUAGGAAUGGCCUGUCUUGUGAUCCUAUUGCUUUUUGCUUUGAUCCAGUGGGUGGCAGUUCCUGAUGAGAAAGAAGAGAAAACCAUGCUGGCCGAAAGGAUCCCAGUGCCUUCCAGCCCUGUGCCCAUAGCCACCAUUGACCUGGUACAGCAACAGACGGAAGAUAUCAUGCCUCGGCCAGAGCCCAAGCUUCCUCCCAAGAAAACAAAGCACCAGGAAGAGCAGGAAGACGUCAACAAGCCUGCCUGGAGUGUCAGCUCUUCCCCCUGGGUCACUCUCGCCUACGCUCUCUAUCAGAUCAAGGAAAUGGUCCAGCUCUCCAAAAGCAACCAGCUGCUCGAGAACCAGCCUUUGCAGAAAGCCAACAAUAGUCAUGACUCUGCACCAAGCGUCCCUCAGAAUCAAAGCAGUGAUGCGUCUGCAGAGACUUCUGUACCUACGGCAGCUCCUGAAACCCACCUCAGCCCAGGCUGCCCUGAUCCAGACCCAGCUCCCGCAGAUUGCAGCGCUCAGCCUCCUGAGGCAGGGCAGGAAUAGGCCUUUGCUGCCUGUCUUCAUCUUGCUGCACUGGAUCCUGCUCUUUGGGGGGAGCUGAGAGGAAUGCUGAAACGAAAAGCUUGAAACUGCAGCUCCCUUCAUCUCCGCGAUGGUAACCUGACACAGCACGCAUUUUUAAAUAUUUAAGGCCUUUUUCUGUGUCAAAGCCCAAUAGGCCUGUGGCAGGAAGGACUAAAAACCUAGGAAAGCUAGGCCAGAAGAGGCCGGUGUCAAAAUAACUAGCAGAGGAGUUAAAAUAUUCCACACAAAACGCUUUUCAACCUUUGCGGGAACGAGGUUUGGGGUCCAUUUGUGCGUAAACAAAACGGAAAUCUAACUUGGUAGUGGAUUUAAUUUGUGAAAGGAAGGUUUGCUUCUGUUCUGAAAGAGGAAUGCUGCCUUGCAUUCCUUCUUGCUCGAGACAAUGAAUUAUUAUUAUUUUUAAAAUCAGUUCUUAGGGAAGGGGAAAAGAGAAUUCAUAGGUAUUUCUCUCCACCCACCCACCCUAAAUCUAUGUUAAUUUAUUGGGAGGCAUAUUAGUUUCCCAAGGAGAGUUGCAUAAACUACUGAAACUCUAUAGAGAGACUACGCUAGUUAAAUACCUAAAUGAAGGAGCGGCUUAGAAUUCUGUCUUUUGUAAAGACUUUUCAGGAACUUUGAAUAGCUUUGGGCCAGUUGAGUUCUGUGUUAAAAACGAGCCUUGGAACCUUUUGAACUGGCCAGGUUGCUGUUCACUGCUCUCUGGCCAGGCCGCAGGGCAUUGGUAAGGGCAUUUAGACUGAAUCAAAACUAUUUGGCUGCCUACAACCCUUCGUUUACGAGGCUGUGGGUUAGGGCUUGUGUUUGUGUUGUGUAGGUUCGGCGUUACGCAUAAAAAACCACACUUGACUGUAAUUGUUCCGUUUGUGAGAAUAUGGGACCCUGUUGACCCAACCCAACGCGGGGAGAAACAGUCUGUGGAGGUGAAUCUUUCCUCUCCAACCCUGUUGUAGUCAGCUAUGGGGUAUUUGCGUUCAUGCUGAGAGACAGGAGCCACAUAUGCACAUCUGGGACAGAUGGCUCUUCUCCUAGCUCACAUAGGAUGUCAGAAUGCUUUUUUGGACUUGGGGGACACCCAAGUCUUGCCAGGGAAAACCCAUAUAAGGAUUCACGUGUGGUUCGUGCUGACAGCACCUUUUGUUUGGUGCAAGAGGGGAUCCUUGUGAGCUCAGCCACUGCACUUCUUGAUCAGGGCCAAUAAGUUUUAUCUCACAAUAGUGUAAAAUUUAUUUUAUUGGGGGGGGGGGCAGUUAUAUUUAUUUAUAGCAGGGGUGAGGAGCCUGCGGUUCUCUAGACAUUGCUAGGACUACACAUACCAUGAUUCCUGACCAUGGGCUGUGGCUGAUGGGAGCUGGAGUCCAGCAACAUUUGGGGGUGGCAGACUGCCAGUUCCCCACUUGAUGUGUGGGGUACAUUUAAAGUGCCUGUGGGCUGCCAAAAGGGUUGGGACACAACUCCUAAUGGUUCUUGGUUAGGAAAAGGUGAAAUCAUUAAUAUAAACACAGCUGGAAUGACAGGAGAGCCAUCCUACGUAAAUGAAAAAUCGGCACCGUACGUUUUGAGCUGUCGCGACAACACUUUGUGUUGCUUGUCAAAUACACUGGCAGAUUCAGGUUACUUUUCUUUUCAUGUUUCCCAAAUGUUAGUCAAACCCGAUUUUGCUGAUUAUUGCUGAGAAAAGAAAUGUUAUGGUGGCUGAGACAACCCAGCCAGGCAGGUGGGGUAUAGAUAAUAAAAUUAUUAACAUUAUUAUUUAUUCCAGGCCGAAGCCUUGAGGCUCAAGAGGGUUGCUAAAAGCUUUCUCUCCUGAGGAACAGCUGCUGAAAAAGGGCAGGGUUGCCCUCAUACUGAAAGGCAGCCCAGAACCAAACCACUGUUGUCUUCUGGCAGCCAAGCGACGUGGCAAAUGGCUGUGUUUGCCCCCCCCCCCCCAGCACUUACACCCCUGGGCAGACCAGCCUGUAUACUAAGAUUCAUUUCCUGAACUGGCUUUUGGGUGGCGACGGGGAGAGACAUUACAUUCCGUGUAAUCGAGACAAGCGAUGGCCGCAGGCGAUCAAUCCUUUUAAAAGGCGGGCGGAAAUGUACAGCCUCGUGUCCACCACCCAGGUGUUUUGGACUGCAUCUCCCAUCAGCCCCAAACACAACAGUGUGACCCUGAGACUUCUGGGAGUUGUAGUCCCAAAAGGCUGGAGUGGGGCCCAAGGCUUGGCGAAGGUUGCUUGCAAGGAAGCAUGUCAGAUUUUUAGAUCUGUUCUAGGCAAAGCUUGAAUGCAGACCACGUAACGGAAUACCUCAAGCUAGGUUGUGAGGAAGGCAGAAGAGCCCCUCAGAUUUCCGCAUGGAAUACUAUGGGGUCUUCCCAGUGCAUAAGCCUUACAGAAUCUAGACGUGGACACCUGGGACCAAACAACAGAGAGUAGUUGAUAAGUGUUUUGGGUUUUUUUUGCACUUCCACUUAAAUGUACUGUAAAUUUCUCAUGACUUGUUUAAGUGUCCUUUAAAAGAGAGAAUCAGAAUUGUAUUUAUUAUGUUACAGCUGGGGUACGUGUGUGUGGAGGUUAGGAAAACACCUAGCAGAUGACAGGCUAAAAACAGUUAAAAAAUAAAACAAAAUUUUAAUCCCUCUCUUUAGCUAAUUCGUAGAGAGAUUCACAUGGCUAACGUUGCCAGUGACACCUUAAUGUGCAGCAGCUGCGUUGUAACGCUUUGAGCUUACGCGUUAACGUUUACACGUCUGAAUUGUCUGUUGAACCUGUUCCUUCGUUACACGCGGGCGAUGAGACCAUACACGGGUUUUCGUAUUUGUGAAAAUUGUUAAGAUGUAGUGAGAGAAAUAAAAUUUCACUGUAUAUGUAAAACAGA